AUGUCGUAUCCCGAUCAGCGCACCAACGAUGAGUGGCAGGCAAUCCUAAACAAGGAGCAGUUCCGCGUCCUGCGAGAGAAGGGUACCGAAGCCCCGGGUACCGGGAAAUAUAACAAGCACGCCCCGGAGACCGGCGUCUACACCUGCGCCGGCUGCGAGGCGCCGCUGUACAAGGCCACUCACAAGUUCAGCUCUGGUUGCGGUUGGCCGGCCUAUUUCGAUAGCAUUCCUGGCGCUGUUGUCCGCCACGAGGAUAAAACCCUUGGCAUGUCCCGCACCGAGAUUGUCUGCGCCAACUGCGGUGGCCACCUCGGCCACGUCUUCAAGGGCGAGGGCUACGCCACGCCUACAGACGAGCGCCAUUGUGUCAACAGCAUCAGCUUGAAUUUCUCCCCUGAGGAUAAGCCGGUAGCGAAGUAG